AUGUCUGGACAGAAGAUUUGGCUGCGCGCUGAGACCAAGCCCGCUGAGGCGCGGUCUGCCUUGACUCCCACUACUUGCAAGGCAUUGAUGGAUGCUGGGUAUGAUGUGACCGUUGAGCGCUCCACCCAGCGCAUAUUUGACGAUGAGGAAUUCGCCAAGAUUGGAGCUCCUCUUGUCGAGGAAGGUUCCUGGGUCAAGGAUGCGCCGAAGGACGCCGUCAUUCUGGGCCUCAAGGAGCUGCCCGAGGACGACUUCCCUCUGGAGCACGUCCACGUCACUUUUGCCCACUGCUUCAAGCAGCAGGGUGGCUGGGAGAAGGUUCUGAGCCGCUGGCCUCGCGGCAAGGGCACACUGCUUGACCUGGAGUUCCUCACUGAUGACUCAGGGCGUCGGGUUGCUGCCUUUGGAUGGUCUGCCGGUUACGCAGGAUCUGCUUUGGCUGUGAAGAACUGGGCUUGGCAACAGACAAACCCUAACGAGUCUUUGCCUGCUGAGGUUCCCUAUGCCAACCAGGACCGCCUGAUCGAGUCUGUCAAGCAGUCUCUUGAGGCCGGCAAGAAGAUCGCCGGCAAGGAACCCAAGAUCCUUGUCAUUGGAGCUCUUGGACGCUGCGGCAGCGGCGCUGUGCAGCUGGCUCGAGAUGUUGGUAUCCCCGCUGAGAACAUCAUCGAGUGGGAUAUGGCAGAGACCGCUGGAGGUGGUCCCUUCGAUGCAAUCUCUCACAAGGCCGAUAUCUUCGUCAACUGCAUCUACCUGUCCGCGAAGAUUCCUCCUUUCGUGAGCCGCGAGUCCCUCUCCGAGCCUAACCGAACCUUGAGUGUUGUCUGCGACGUCAGCGCCGACACCACCAACCCUCACAACCCUAUUCCCAUCUACGACAUCACUACCACAUUCGACAAGCCCACUGUGCCCGUGGACCUCCCCAAGUCCAACGGACCUCCCCUCAGUGUGAUCAGCAUUGAUCACCUGCCCUCUCUCCUCCCCCGUGAGAGCUCUGAGAUGUUCAGCACCGCUCUCCUGCCUAGCCUUCUUACCCUGAACGACCGGGCCAACGCUCGAGUCUGGAACCAGGCCGAGGAGCUCUUCGAUGAGAAGGUUGCUACUCUGCCCAAGGAGUACCAGGCUUAA